AUGACGCUGCAACUACAAGUGGAGGUAAUCUCUACAGAAGUAGUGAACCCUUCGUCUCCUACACCUCAACAUCUUCAUCGCCAUUACCUCCCGUUCCUUGACCAGUUAAGUCCCCAAGUCAACAAUUCUAUGGUCUAUUUCUUCGAUGCCGAUGAUGUCGCAAACAAAUUCAAUAUAAACAAGGUUUCCGACCACAUCAAGAAAUCAUUAUCUCAGCUCUUAGCUCACUACUACCCACUCACCGGAAGGCUCAUCAACAAGAACUUGAUCGUAGAUUGCAACGACGAGGGUGUUCCCAACAUAGAAACCAGGGUCAGUUGCCACCUCAGCCAAGUCACCGAUAACCCCUCUCCAGCUGAUGUAAGCAAUCUGCUUCCCUUCGAAAUGGACGAAGCUGUCGACACAGUCCUCGGAGUCCAAGUCAAUUUCUUUGAUUGCGGCGUAAUUGCCAUUGGUGUUUGCAUCUCCCACAACAUAGCUGAUGCACUGUCGUACUUCCAGUUCGUCAAGACCUGGGCCGCCGUCACGCGUGGCAAUGCAGAACCAAUCAGGACCCACUUCCAAUCAUGCACACUCUCCCCGCCGAAAGACGUGUCGGGAUACAACCCGGAUUCUCUUGUCAUCAAGGACAAAAUUGUGUGCAAGAGAUUCGUGUUUGAAGCAUCCGCAAUAGAAUCUCUAAAAGAAAAAUACUGUGAGAAGAUGACAAACGUUCUGAAAGGUCAUCAGAAACCACCUUCACGAGUUGAGCGUUGUCAACUUUCAUUUGGACAAGGUUUCUAG